AGCAGACUAAUCAAUUCACUAGUCCCGUUUAGGUGUGUUGACGAGUCCCAGCUUCAUACCCAACUGUAGGAAUAGCUUCAAUUACUGGGCAACCUCACAACUCGGCCAGAAAAUGUCAGCUGUGGCACCUGCAGAUACUUCUCAGACCUCAUCGUCAGCGCCCAAGAAGAAAAACAACAAGAAGAAGAAGAGUUCAAAGACAAAGGCUGCAGAGGAGCCUACCAAGGGAGCUGAUGAAAAGGAACUGUCCCUAGAAAAUGGAGAGGCUGAAGGAGAUGCUGAGGAUUCUGGGCAGUCCGGGGUGAACACACCGAAGGACGGCCAAUUCCCGGAAAGUGCAAAAGCGCAGACGAAUGGCCAUAACCACGAUUCUGCUAGUAAUGGCCAUGCAGUUUCAUCUGCGACACGAUCAUCCGAGAAGCAUCAAGCAGAAGGAGGGGCAUUGGACAGCACGAAUUCGAAGGCAUCCGAUGCGAGUGCUCGAUUAGAAGCAAUGUCACAAGAGCGGGAAGCGUUGCGUGUUGAAGUGGAGCAAUUACGAAAAGAGCUCGAAGGUCUUCAAGGAAAACACGCAGAGGAAGUUUCCACAAUCAAGGGACAGCAUGCCGACGAAUUAUCGAAUAUCCAGACGAAGCACUCAGAAGAAGUCUCUACAAUUCAAAGUCAACACACGGAGGAGGUAUCGACGAUCCGGGCUGAGCUCGCGGAGAGUGAGAGCGCAAAGGACCAUGCAGAAACGCAAUACCAAUCUCUACUUGGACGCAUCAAUACUAUUAAAUCAAGCUUGGGGGAACGUCUGAAAGCUGACAAACAAGAAUUAGCCGAAGCGAAGGAGCAGAUUGAUGAGCUCGAGUCACAAAACGAGAAUCUGAAGAAACGUGUAGAGGGCCUCGAGGAUGAUGUACAGCGUCUGGAGCAGGAAUCUCACGAAUCGUCGAAGGAGCUUUCGAGUCUACGUAAUAGGCACAAUCUCUCGCAACAAAAUUGGGUGAGCGAGCGAGAAGAUCUGAUACAAAAGACAAGGCAGCUGAAGGAUGAGGCCGAAGCUGCAAAGGAAGCUAUGGGUGAUUGGGAAGUUUUGGCCAUGGAAGAGAGGUCAAUGAGGGAGAGCUCAGCAGAGAAGAUUAGGGAUCUGGAAGAACAGUUCUCGGCUCAGAAGGAAGCGUACGAAGCUGCUGUAUCAGAGAGAGACAGCCAAUCGCAGGCUCUGGAAGGCUUACAGAGAGGUCUGCAAGAAGUGCAAGAAGCACGAAAACGUGAGCUUCGUGAGAUGGUGGAGUCAUACGAAGAACAACUCCAAGCUCUGAAGAAGAUAGUUCAAGACUCAGACGUACGAGCCAAUGAAGCCGAAGCAUCGAAAGGAUCUCUCGAAACAGAGGUGGAGAGGCUGGCUCCCUUCGAAAAGGAAAUCAAGGAGAAGAAUCUUUUAAUUGGAAAGUUACGACAUGAAGCGAUUGUUCUUAAUGACCACCUCACGAAAGCUUUACGAUUUCUCAGAAAGGCCAAGCCAGAGGACAACGUUGACAGACAAAUCGUCACCAAUCAUUUCUUGCACUUCCUCACUCUGGACCGCUCAGACCCAAAGAAAUUUCAGAUCCUACAGUUAAUAGCAUCACUGCUGAACUGGACAGAUGAGCAGAAAGAGCAAGCAGGUCUUGCAAGACCAGGUGCGUCGAACAGCAGCUUACGAUUGCCCAUGUCACCAUUCCACCGCACUCCGAGUACACCCUCAUUAUCAAGUGAGUUCUUUACUGAAUCUCCCGCCAAUAAGGAGUCACUAGCGGAUCUAUGGACCGGUUUUCUUGAGAGAAGCGCCGAGGAAGGUUCAACGACAGCAAGUCGGAGUGGGAGCGUGAGUAGCACAGCACCGAGACCAGAUACCAGAGGCGGCGAAAGUAGUUCUAGAGGGUAAUAGACGUGUAUUUUAUAUCAACAUUUGCGAACGGCGUUGGGUCUAUAGGGAGAGGACGUUUGCAAAGCAAACAGUACUUCUGCAGAUUUUGCAUUUGAGAUCAUGGGUUGAGCAUACCCCGCAGAACUGAUUGCGGCACUUCAUACCAUACAUUAAACAUUUUACAUUCUGACUAGUCGAGAGAAACUUG